ACGAGAAGUAGAGCGAGAAGAGGAGCUUGGCGCAUUAUAUGUAUCGCGCGUCGCGCUAUCCGGACGAUACUCCCUACUCUACGUAGGAAAAGGAUCGACCGUUGAUUCACUCUCGAUAAUUGACAAGACGAGGAGAUAGAGCGAUGGAGAAUCUCCUCGCCACCACUACUGGCAUCCCGUUUGACCAAACGGAGAAUUUGGAUCGCUUCGUGUUCGGAUGGCUAGACUACGCGCUCUUCAGCCUGCUGCUGCUCGUCAGCCUUCUCAUCGGCGUGUACUUUGGUUUCUUCAGCAAGCAAGACAGCACAACGGAGUAUCUCCUGGGCGGUAAACGAAUGGGAUGCUUUCCCGUCGCGAUGAGCAUCGUCGCUAGCCACAUCUCGGGUAUCAGCUUGCUGGGCAUACCCACGGAGGUUUUCCAAUAUGGGAGCCAAUAUGCCGCGUGCGUGAUCACGUCGAUCCUGACUGCCGUCAUCACCUCUUACCUCUUCCUGCCUGUGCUCUACAAGCUGCAGCUACCCAGCACCUUUGAAUAUCUAGAGCUCAGGUUUACCAGACCGGUCAGGAUCCUCUCUUCGGUGCUAUUCACCAUCUCGCUCUUCACGUACUUGCCCAUUGUCAUCUACGUACCUGCCCUCGCCUUCGCGCAAGUCAGCAACCUAAGCGUUCACGCGAUAACGCCAGUGCUCUGCAUCGUAUGCAUCAUUUACACCAGCAUUGGUGGCCUAAAGGCGGUAGUAUGGUCGGACACUAUACAAUUUUCCGUGACCGUCGGCGGACUCUUUGCGGUUCUCGUGCUCGGUACACUGUCCGUUGGUGGCAUUGAGCAAGUGUGGAGCAUUUCCGGCACAGGCGGUCGUCUCGUUUUCUUUGAUAUGGAUCCAAGUCCGUUCGCGAGGAACACUUUUUGGGGUAUGGCUAUAGGUAUGACGGUAAUAUGGCUCGGAAACAUCGGUAUUCAUCCGGGUACGGUGCAGCGAUUCCUGUCGGUGCCUAGAGAGAUCGACGCCAAACGCAUUGUGAUUACUGCAGUAGGACUGAUACUCGUCAAACUGAUCUGCGUGUUCACCGGAUUAAUCAUGUUUGCCAAAUAUCAUGACUGUGAUCCUUUUCUGACCAAGUCGAUAAGUCGCACCGAUCAGACUCUACCCUUUUACGUGAUGGACGUUGCUGGGCAUCUACCGGGACUUCCGGGAUUAUUCCUAGCGGGCCUAGUGAGUGCCGCGCUCGCGACUAUGAGCGCCAGCUUCAACACCGUGUCCGGUACCAUUUACGAGGAUUUCAUAAAUUUGCGGAUCCCGGAUAGCCCUGAGAAAGAAGCUAUGGCCGCCAACAUUAUGAAGGGCAUCGUCGUGAUAGCCGGCGCGAUUUCGGUUGGUUUGGUGUUCCUGGUCGAGCGGCUAGGAUCGGUCUUUCAAAUAGCCGUAAGUAUGCGUGGCGUGACCGAUGGACCCUCGCUGGGCCUCUUUAUGCUAGGAAUGCUGGUACCUUGGGCGAACGCGAAAGGCGCGUUGUUCGGCGGUUACGUCGGUCUAAUCAGCAUGCUUUGGCUGGUGGGAGGCGCUCAAUGGCACACCAUACAUGACAGAAUUAAAUACAAUUCGUUACCUACAUCGACAGUUGGUUGUUCGUAUCCGUUGAACCAAACCCUUCUGACCGCGACAACGCCUACUUGGGUGGACCCGAACGAGGAACCUAUGAUACUCUUUCAAAUAUCCUUCAUAUAUUAUAAUAUGAUAGGAGCGGUGAUCGUUGUCGUCGUCGGCACUAUCGCGAGUUAUGUCUUUGGCGUGGAUCUCGAGAGCGUAGAUCCUGAUCAUAUUUCGCCGAUGUUGAGAAGGUUUCUUCCUUCUCGAAAAUAUGCCGAAGUCUCGUUGAGAGAAGUGCCGCCGUCGUUCAACGUUGCGCCGGAGAAAAUCAAGUAAUCUCAAGUGCGAUUCGUCAUUAUUUUAGUCAGUGGUAAGCGAGCUGGUAGGAUCAGCCCGAGAAAAAUCUCUCGAGUAAACGGUAAUCUUCAUUCUAGAAGAAUCUCCACGAUUCUAGACGAAUCGUCAACGAUGUUUUCGAGUCCACCGCGGUCACGACAAAGGGGUGUCGGCUCUCUUAUUGAUUAACAGACGCAUGCGCCAGCUACCCUGGUGCCACACAUGCCGCGAUUGUUUUUGAUCUCUCGCAAUCAGUCGCGUUCCCAGCCAGCGUUCGUUUAGGAGGCAAGACGUCGCCGACGGUUCCUCGGCGACCGUGUCCUCCCUGGAUACUCUGACUGAGGAAACGGAGAUUGAGCGUUACGAGAAACGUCUUUGAUUGAGUAUCACCGUGCGGCGGAACAAGUAUCGUCACCAUUAAAUUCUGCUCGACGUUGGGAAAAAGAGUAUCUUUUAGCUGAUCGCGCUACUUUUAUAAUAGACCUUUCAAUGUUGUUGGGAGGAGCGAUAGACUAGUAAUCGCGAAAUUAGUCGCUAAUCGCUAAUCGCUAAUUGUCGUGGACGUUGGAGGUCAAGUUACGUCGCUGAAGAUGUUGAUCGGGGUGGCUCGGGGUUGGCCGCGUGUCCUCGUAUAUAGGAUGGCCGCGCCUACACGUGGAGCGAGUGUCGUCGCGAAUACCGAGCGUUCUCGGUCCGACCUCGUAACGUUCAACAAGUACGAGUGUCGAUAUACCUCGCGGCAUUCUCGCAGCGGUUUCACGAUCGCAACGUUUUUACAAGCGGAUGACAUUUCAUCGUGCAACAUCGUCGAUACCUUCGAGUGAUGGACCACCAGGAGCGUCGACGUACGCUCGACAUA